AUGAAGCAAGCCGGCGGGUUCAUCGAAUGGUCGCCUCGAGUUUUUGUCACUUUGUCUCUCAUUUUCAAUCCGUUAUGGAUCUACCUUCUUCAUUCGACAAAGUCAGUGCUUUUCGGCCGUUACCGUCAUUUAUUGACUUCUUUCGCGGUUUUUGAUAUCAUUUACUCGGUGAUUGACUUGGUUGCACCGCUGGUAGGGGCUUGAAAAAAAGCUCAAAAAAAAGAGAAUGAACAGAGUCAUAUCCAACGCGAAGCAGCUUUAUGUGGAGUUCUCCGGGAUGACGUCAUUCCUCAGGUCCGUUUUUAUAAUGAAUUCAAAAAGUGUAAUUGGUCAUAAUCAGGUUUCUCAUUUCUUAUGAUGUAGUUUCUAGGAUUCUCCAUACUCCUUCACUUUUUUGGUCUUGCGAUGCUCCUUCAUCGGGCUCACUUUUGGUAUUUUAGAAAUCCACUUCUUCUAUCGCUAUUUAGCACUGUGCAAGUAUGACUUUUUUAAAAUCCCAUUUUGUUCAGUAACUUCAGACCGCACCUUCUUUUUGUCUUCAUCAAACCCCUAUACAUUGUCUGCUGGGUUUUAUUCUUCCUUUACCACGGAGCAACCUGGGGAUCACUUUACCUAUUGCUCGGAAUGCAGGAUGAAACUCGAGAAUAUCUUCAAGAUGAGUUUUUGAAAGAAUUCGGCACGGAAAUGUUUGGCAACGGCUUUGUCUGUGUACAUUUCAAUGUAAGGAAAUGGCUGUUGUGAUAAAAAGGGAAAUUUUUUGAAUGAAGGCAAAAAAGGACUCGAUUCGUUAUUCUUCAAUGACUUUCUCGGCGUGCAUUUCUCUCAUUGGGAUCAUUGUCGCUUGUACUUUUAUAUUUUUGGGCUCCAAGGCAAGUUAAGUUUGUAAAAUGAAAAGAAAUACAUGCGUAUUGAAAAUAGUAUAGUUAUCUCGUUAAGAGUUGUAGUGAAGAGUCGUUGAAAAAAACACGAAAAUUUGAAUUUUUCACACACUUCUGCGCCAUACUCUAUUCAGACCGACUUGAACUUUUCCUUCUUCAGCGAGGUCAUAGAAACGUGUAGACAGCAAGUCGAACUCUUCCAAGUCUUGGCAAAAAUAUACUUUAUCUAUGAUGACGACCCAAAAAAAAUGAUUUUCAAGCUUUCCAAGUUCUUUUCGCUAGUGAGAUAAGUGCACGACUAAAACUAGUUUCGAGCUUGCCUAAAUGAUUUCGAAACACAUUUCAGAUCACGAGAACCUUGAAAGAAUACAUGUCCAGCCUUGCCGUCAAAAAGAUGCAUCGCCAACUUUUUCACACUCUUCUGAUUCAAGCCUCGAUUCCGAUGUUUGUCAGUUUCCUUCCCUGUGGGAUCUCUUGGUUCGCAACGUCGAUGAGCAUCCGUCUGAGGACGUAUGAUGAAUUUUUUCUCCCUGAACAUGGUCGCACGUGGAAUGGCUCAAUGCGUGUCCGACAGGGUUGCACGGAAGAGAUUUGCGGAAGAGAACUUAAAUAGAAAUUUCUGCGAGUAUAAUUUUUUUCAUCGUAAAAAAUUGAUGAUAGUGAACUAGGAGUGUUUGGAAGAUAAAAGUCAAAAAAAUCUAUUUUAAUUAAGCUCUCAUCGUUCAGAAAAAUCCGAAAAUAGCAGUUCCUUCCGUCCUCCGUAAAUCUGUUUUUGGACUUUUUCUAAAUAAUGGUACCAUUUAGAAAAAUACCUUUUCGAUAUUUAUCUUCUAAAUGCACAUAACUUCACUAUUAUCAACUUUUCUCCGAUGAAAAAAACCUUUUCUUUUAAAAAUUUCGAUUCAACUGCCGCAAAUCUCUUCCGCGCAACCCUGGUGUCGGACGUAGCGCAACCGCGACGCCUUGAGCCAUUCCAAAUGCGACCACGGCUUUUUGAGCCGCUCGAAAUGAGAGAAAAUACUUUAAGAUUCAACGACUACUACAGCUUGCCGAUGCUCAGCGCUUUCCCGGCCCUAGACCCAAUCGCGAUCAUUUACUUUCUGCCUCAAUAUCGUCAGAGGCUCUGUCCGGCUUGGUUCAGAAAGAUUCUCAAAAUAGAACCUCUGUCAAAAGCUGGUUCUAACAGAACUUAG